AUGGAUUUCGCAUUAAGGUGCAAUUCUCUCAAAUGCCGGGCAGAGUUGAAAGAAAAAGCAGUGGUGACAACUUGCUCGCACAUCUUCUGUCAUGGCUGCGCAGAGAGCCUUGGACUCUCCUGUCCAACCACUUGUAAACGGCACUGUCCUGCUUGUCAAACGAUGCUCUUGAAUCCAGAUGACGCCGUCUCAACUAUCCUGAACCCGACGGAGGAUUACAAAACAAGUGUGCUGAGUGGGUUGGAUCCGAACACAAUCAUGGAAUGUGCUGGCCGCGCACUGGGGUUUUGGGCGUAUCAGAGUACGCAGGAGAUAUUCUACCAGGGAUAUCGGGCAAAGUCCCUUACUGAAAAGUACGCCAACAUGGACAAGGUCGUCCACAAUGCGAAUACUGAAAUCUUGGCCAUGCAAAGCAAGAUAUCGGAUAUGCAAUCAGCCCAAGAAGAACUACAGAAAAAAAACCAAGAACUGAACGACAUGUGCCGCGACAAGACUAACAAGCUCGCCCAAAUGACAAACCUCUACAAUCUUCUCAAAACCCGCGCUAUGCGCUCCCGGAUGCAGACCGCAGCCUCAGACACUGUUUCUCAAGCUCUAACAUCCCUGAACGUCCCGGUACCUGUCUCGAUUCCCUUGGCCAAUCAUUUACCACUGGUUUUGACUUCGGCUUCGAAAUUUCCUAAGACCCCACCAUUCCCUGUCAACACGGAUGGGGUCGAGCAGCUUCACCGGCACCAACGAAGUGGCACUGAUAGUUCUAAAAGGGCAAAGACCAAGACACCCUCUGAAUCUUCAAUGCUACCCCCUACUCGCCCUAAACGCCCCAACUGGGAUGGCCGGAAUGCCAAGAAUUCGAAUCCGCAUCCGCAGCAUCGUACUCGACUUCCACGUAUCUCCCAGACUCCAACAGUUCCCUCCGAGUUUCCAUCCGGGGAUGCUAUCAAGCAGAGGUUUGGAAAUUGA